CUUUCGGUGCAUCUGGUCGAUCGCUCUCGCCUGCCCUGGUUCGACUCGGGCGUCACUCUGCACGCGGAGCGUCGACUCGUGCCGGUACCGCUGCCCGGCUGAGGGACGCGGGCGCCGGCCACCGAUUCCCCGAAAUGGAGAGACACACGCACCCACGAGCUUUCAGCGGCUUUACCGGUGUUGACUUUUCAUCUAAAAGGAAUCUAUCUUUUGGUACGGGGGAUAAGGGCGGAGGAGAGGGGGGGAGCUGCGGGGAAGGAGGGAUAGAGGAAGAGGAGGAGGUGAAAGUCGGAAUAAGAAAGCGGCUCCUCCCGCUUCGUCGAGCUGCCUGCAGGCCGGACAGCAGCGGCAGAAAAGCAGCGAGCAGCAGGGAAACCACGUCCUCGCUCGGAUUUAAGUCGCCGUGAAUGAGCGAGAGUCCGCCGGAGCACCGACUGCGCCGCCGCCACUCCCCCCCGCAGCUGAACCGACCGACCGACCGACCGACCGACCGACCGACAUGCUCUCCCCGGGACUCUCCGUGUCUCUGCUGGCCGUGUCCUGCGCGCUGUGGCCGGCUGCGGUCCGGGCGGCGUCCUGCGAGCCGGUGCGGAUCCCGCUGUGCCAGUCCAUGCCGUGGAACAUGACCAAGAUGCCGAACCACCUCCACCACAGCACGCAGGACAACGCGGUGCUGGCCAUCGAGCAGUUUGAAGGGCUGCUGGGUACUGGCUGCAGUCCGGAUUUGCUCUUCUUCCUGUGUGCCAUGUACGCUCCCAUCUGCACCAUCGACUUCCAGCACGAGCCCAUCAAACCCUGUAAGGCGGUGUGCGAGCGGGCGAAGUACGGCUGUGAGCCGGUGAUGAAGCGUUACAACCACAGCUGGCCCGACAGCCUGUCCUGCAGCGAGCUGCCGCUGUACGACCGCGGGGUCUGCAUCUCGCCCGAGGCCAUCGUCAAGGCGGAGGGACCAGAUCCAUACCACCAGGACCCAGCCAGGUGUAAUCCAGAAUCCAGACCAGACUUUCCAAUGGACUCCAACAACUUCCACUGCAGAGGACCAAAUGGGGAUCGCUGCAGAUGCAAGACAGUCAGAAUGAUUUUGAAAACCUACCUGAAGAACAACUACAACUACGUGAUCAGGGCAAGGGUGCGGGAGGUGAGGAAUCGUGGUCUGGAGCCCACGGCGGUGGUGGAGGUGAGGGAGGUGCUCAAGUCUUCUCUGGUUAACAUUCCCAAGGACACGCAGACACUCUACUACUCGUCCUCCUGCCUGUGUCCUCCUCUUACUCCCGGGGAGGAGUACCUCAUUAUGGGCUACGAGAACGAGGAGACGUCCAGGUUGCUUCUGAUUGACGGCUCCAUUGCUCAGAAGUGGAAGGACAAAAUGGGCAAGAAGAUCAAGAGAUGGGAUAAGAUCCUGCAGGAGAGAGGCCAAGGAUCUCAGCGCCGGAGUCGCCACUGAGAUCUGACUGUGUGUGUGUGUGUGUGUGUGUGUGUGUGUGUGUGUGUGUGUGUGUGUGUGGGCACAGUUGUUUGCGGGCAUGCGCGCGUGUGUGUAGAUAUUGCACUAUCACAGGCUGUUGUAGCUGAAUGUAGUUCAUCUCUUCAUCUGCCAGACUGUUUGGAGUCUGAUUUUUGUCAUUUACUUUCUUUGCACAACCUUUAUUUAGUGUGCGUUUAGUGUGUGUGUGUGUUUGUGUGUGUGUGUGUUUGUCAGUGUGUACAUGUGUGUGUGUUUGUGUGUGCGCGCGUGUGUGUGUUUACACCUAAAGCACUCAAUAAAGACGAGAGAGUCAUGCAGCUUCUAUGCUGUGGUACUAAACCUACGCACAGACAUACAGUCUGUACGUGACAGAGUUUCUUGGAACAAAUUUCUUUUCGGUGGCAGCCAUGUUGGCUCCACAGUUUCUCUCCAUGAUCACAGUCUUUAAUAUUCCUGGAUGUUGGCCAUGUUACCAUGGCAACAGGACGGAGGAUAUUUAAAUGAUAUGAAAGCCAUUUGGGCUUGGACAUUUGGACUAUGAUAGGUCUUUAACCACGACCUGAACUUUACUGAACUCUGCAGAAAGGAAGGAAAGACGAUUAUUCACGCUUUGUUCAUGCAGCAGCGAGAGGAACAGCAGCAUCAGGCAGCAGCAGCAGCAGCAGCAAGAGCAAAAGCAACUGCGACAAGAACAGUAGAGAGUUCGCUUACUUCUCCAGUGUUGUGUGAUCCAGCCAUGGAUGGAAUACUGGACGGGCCUGCCAGGUACGGGCCCAGGGGCCGGAGCGUCUGUUUGAAGAGACCGUUAAAAUUACUACAAAAAGUUACAGAACGACCAGAAAGAGACUCCAAACUAGAAAACAACUAGAAAAAGAUACAGAAAGACCACAAAGACACAAAACUACCACAAAGAGACACCGUGUCUGGUAUGCUCCUAUGUAGGAGGGGUAGGGGCUUCUUUUACGUAUCUGUGCCCGGGGGCCCAUUGUCUGAAAAUCUGUCAGUGGAUCCAGCAGCUCCUCCCGUCUCAAUAUGUCACGACAACAGAGGACGACAAAUGUCCAUGGCACAGACUGUUUGCUGACAUCAUGGUUUGUUGGUCAGGGUAGGGAAACCCCUGUGUGGGGAGCUUGGAGUGUGCCACCGGAAUCAUUUGAGACUCUCUUCAGUGGGUGACCGUGAUCAGUUAUUGAUUAGAGUCCUGUUAAAAAGCAAGUAUCAAACAAGGAUCCUGUAGCUGCUCUGUGGGUCGGACCUCAUUUCAGUUCAGUUGUCUUUGAAUUAAAUCGAUCAUGAAAUGGAAAAUGGAAAUGUACAAAAACAGGAAACAGUACAAUGUGAGAUGGAACAUGAUGUGCACAUUCAUCAGUAAACUGAAUAACAAAGAUUAA